AUGGCCGAAUCGAAGCCUGUUGUUUCCAAGGUGGAGUUGCCUUUGAAGAAAGGUGUGAUCAGAAUAGAAGAUGGUGAAACAAGCCAAGGCCGCGAUCAGGAGGCACAGACGCAGAGCGGUUUAAGCAGAGAGGAAAGGUAUAAAAUGUUUGAGGAGGAGGAGAAUGAAGUCCAAAUAUCCAAAACACCAAAAAUACAGAAGGUUAUAUUCUUGCACCGAGAUCACAAACAUUUCGUCAAGUACUAUGAGCCAAGAGUGGUAUCAUUGGGUCCUAUCCAUCAUGGAAAAGAAAGGUACCAGCUUGCUGAGAAGUUCAAGCUGAUACUGGCAAGAGAAUUUGUCAAAAGUAGCGGCAAGACUAUUAAAGAAAUAUGCGAAGCUAUUGAUGGGAAGAUUAAGGAGCUCAGGGAGUGCUUCGAGGAGGAGGUGACGAAGAAAUAUAAUGAUGUUGACCUCGCCUGGAUAUUGGUCGUCGACGGCUGCGCAAUCUUGCAAUACAUAUACCUUGCUGUUCUAGACAAGUUAAAAGAGUUGAAUAUAAAACCAGACAGUGUAGCCUUUUGUCAACAGGAUUUGUUCUUGCUGGAGAAUCAAGUUCCAUAUGAUCUCCUCGAGUUGUUGAUGAGCUUGAGCAAUGCGAAAAACGAGUUGAGGAAUUCGGUUCAAAAUUUCAUUAAAAAAAACCACUACGCGGUACUAUGGGAUAAGCAACAAGGAGAAAAUACUAAUGGUCCAGUACCAGAGAAUCCACAAGAAGAAAACGGAAAAAGAAAACCGACCCAUCUUCUCGACCUUCUGAGGUCAAGUCUCUUGGGCAAUGAUGAGACGACAACCCAAUCAUCAAAUGGCCGUACAAAUAGGGACCGAAAUCAGAGCUACGAUUGGCAAUCGUAUCGCAACGUGCAGGAGCUUAAAGCAGCCGGAAUCCAUGUGAAGCGAAGUGAAGCUAAAUCCUUGGGAGGCAUAUCUUUUAGUAGAAGGCUCAACUUCUACCCGGGAUUCCUCUCGCUUCCCCCACUAAUAGUGGAUGACUCAACGGGGCCAAAGCUCUUGAACUUAAUAGCCUAUGAAAUGUGUCUGGACUUCAAAAACGACUUCGGCAUCACCUCUUACGUAUCCUUCCUCGAUUCACUCAUCGAUGAAGCCAACGACGUCAAGGAACUAAGGAAAGCACACGUUCUCUUCAAUCUCCUCGGCAGCGACGAAGAAGUGGCUCAGCUCUUCAAUAAUAUAGGGACCGACUUGGUGCCUGACCGCGAUAAGUAUAGGAAAGUCAGGACUCAGAUUCAGGAAUACUACGACAAAACUUGGGUGACAUGGGUGGCCGAAUUCUUCCACAAUCAUUUCAGCAGCCCCUGGACGUUGCUUGCUUUUCUUGGUGCAUUAUUCGCGCUUGCUCUGAGUGCCACUCAGACUUGGUAUGCAGUGGAUUCUCCCCCGGGCCCCUGCGAUAAGUUCUGCGAGAAAUUCAAUAAAAACUUAUGA